GAGGUCAGAGGCUUAAGUCUAAGGCACUGAGCGUAUCAUGUUGAAGAUGAGCGGGUGGCAGCGACAGAGCCAAAAUCAGAGCUGGAACCUGAGGAGAGAGUGUUCAAGAAGGAAGUGUAUCUUCAUACAUCACCACACCUGAAAGCAGCACCAAAGCAGCCAUAAACAAUAUGUAAAUAAACAGAUGUGGCUGUAUUCCAAUACAACUUUACCUAUAAAAACAGGCAUCAGACCAGCUUGCCAACCUGUGGCAUAGACUGUUUGCUACAUGGAGCUUGUUCCAGCCACUCCCCAAUUACCCUGCAAAUGUGCUUUUCCAGACUGAUCCAACUGCAGAGAUGGCAGCUGAGUCAUUGCCUUUCUCCUUCGGGACACUGUCCAGCUGGGAGCUGGAAGCCUGGUAUGAGGACCUGCAAGAGGUCCUGUCUUCAGACGAAAAUGGGGGUACCUAUGUCUCACCUCCUGGAAAUGAAGAGGAAGAAUCAAAAACCUUUACCACUCUUGACCCUGCUUCGCUGGCUUGGCUGACUGAGGAGGAGCCAGAACCAGCAGAGGUCACAAGCACCUCCCAGAGCCCUCGCUCUCCAGAUUCCAGUCAGAGCUCCCUGGCUCAGGAGGAAGAGGAGGAAGACCAAGGGAGAACCAGGAAACGGAAACAGAGUGGCCAUUCCCCAGCCCGGGCUGGAAAGCAGCGCAUGAAGGAGAAAGAACAGGAGAAUGAAAGGAAAGUGGCACAGCUAGCUGAAGAGAAUGAACGGCUCAAGCAGGAAAUCGAGCGCCUGACCAGGGAAGUAGAGGCGACUCGUCGAGCUCUGAUCGACCGAAUGGUGAAUCUACACCAAGCAUGAACAAUUGGGAGCAUCAGUACUCCACUUGGGCCACACUACCCACCUUUCCCACAAGUGGCUACUGACCACCCUCUCACCAGUGCCAAUGAUGUGACCCUCAAUCCCACAUAUUCAGGGGGAAGGCUUGGAGUAGACAAAAGGAAAGGGUCUCAGCUUGUAUAUAGAGAUUGUACAUUUAUUUAUUACUGUCCAUAUCUAUUAAAGUGACUUUCUAUGAGCC